AGUACAUACAUAUGUACAUAUGUAUGUAUGUAUGGAUAUUGCCUAGCUGUGUACUGACCAUGUGUGGGUACUGGCCGGGUGCCACAAUUGACCUGCCGUUGAAGUCAUCCUGCAAGUCCUCCAUUUCGGCCGUGUGGUUGUAGUUUUGUGCAUCCAUUUUCUGUUCCAUGUCCAGGAAGAUGUUGUGAAAGUUUCGAUAGUGGUCUUUUGGCGGUCGGCGGGGCGCGUACCUAUCUUUGUGUCCACGACCACCACCAACACCGCCACCGAUGCCGCGCGGAGGCUUUCGCGGCCGUGGCCCUCCAGGCGGACAUCCAGGCGGUGGUCCGGGUGGUGGUGGUCCCGGCGGUGGCGGACCGGGGGGCGGGGCGCCACAGGGCGGUGGGGGUGGCCGAUUCUGAGGCGGUCUAUAAUAUGCGUUAAAGUAACCCGACGGCCAUCGAUUAUUGUUACCGUAGUCCCACCUGUUUGGCUCGAGCUGUGCCUGUGUGCCGCCGUUCUCCCAGUACUGGCCAUUGACACUCACUCCGCACACAGCCAAACAAAUCAGGCAGAAGAGUCGCAGCAUCUCCAUCGCAUGUCUCAACCGCUUCACCGAUCGAACUCAACUGUUGCGCGCUGAGUCGAGCGGCGGCGGGGUCUUCCACGAAGAAAGCUACCCAGUUCAGGCAAAACGUUUUAUUGAUAUUCAGUUGAAUUUAUAAUUGAGUGCCCGCAUUAAUUAAUACAAAUACAAAUCAAAAUCAAACAAAACUCCACACUCAAGGGUGUGUUUUGGCACAGUGGUGGCCAAAAAAACACGCCCAAACACACACCCCAAAAGAAAUCAUUGAUUAAAGUUGCAUUUUAUCCGGGCAUAGACUCAAGGAAUGUGGCAUAUCUUAGCCCAAAUGCCAGUCGAAUGAUGGUGCUCUGGCUAUCCAAUUCAAUCAUCCAUCUACAGCUGACCUGCCUGCUCUCGGUCCUCCUCUCACGGUCGCGGCCCCUGGAAGCCUUGGAUGCCAUCGAGAUAGUCAACUAUCAGACCACCAAGUACACUCGACUCGGCGAUACUUGGACGCAGCAGGAGGAGGUGUCGGGCGGAGGGGCAGCCGACAGGGAGGAGAGCCUUUUGAAGUUCGACGACGAUGCUGAGGUGAUGCCACCCGCACCCGCCGCCGAGGUGCUGCACGAGGGCGCCUUCUGUCGGCGCAGCUUCGACGGGCGCAGUGGCUACUGCAUCCUGGCCUACCAGUGCCUCCAUGUGAUACGGGAGUACCGUGUGCACGGCACCCGCAUCGACAUUUGCACCCAUCGGAGCAACGUGCCGGUCAUUUGCUGCCCCCUGGCCGACAAGCAUAUCCUGGCGCAGCGCAUCAGCGCAACAAAAUGCCAAGAGUACAACUCCGCGACCAGGCGCCUGCAGCUGGCGGAUGCUGGCAGGACCUUCUCCGGCAAACAGUGCGUGCCCAGCGUGCCACUGAUAGUGGGUGGCACAGCCACGCGACACGGCCUCUUUCCACACAUGACCGCCCUGGGUUGGACGCAAGGCAGCGGCGACAUCAAAUGGGGCUGCGGCGGCACCCUCGUCAGCGAGCUGUACGUCCUGACGGCCGCCCACUGUGCCACCUCGGGUAGCAAGCCGCCGGACAUGGUGCGCCUGGGCGCUCAGCAGCUGAACGUGACCAGUGCGGCGCAGCAGGACAUCAAGAUCCUGAUCAUCAUUCUGCAUCCCAAGUAUCGAUCCUCGUCCUACUACCACGACAUUGCCCUGCUAAAGCUGACCAAGCGGGCCCGACUGUCGGAGCUGGUGCGUCCCGCGUGCCUGUGGCAAGUGCCGGAGCUGCAGAUCAAAAGCGUCGUGGCCGCCGGCUGGGGCCGCACCGAGUUCCUGGGCGCCAAGUCGAAUGUGCUGCGGCAGGUGAACCUGGAUCUGAUACCGCAGCUGCGUUGCAAGCAGAUGUACCGCAAGGAGCGGCGGCUGCCGCGCGGCAUCAUCGAUGCCCAGUUCUGUGCUGGCUAUCUGCCCGGUGGCCGGGACACGUGCCAGGGUGACUCCGGCGGACCACUGCACGCCGUGCUCCCCGAAUACAAUUGCGUGGCCUUCGUGGUGGGCAUCACGUCCUUUGGCAAGUUCUGUGCGGCGCCCAAUGCGCCGGGCGUCUACACGCGGAUAUACAGCUACCUCGACUGGAUAGAGAAGAUUGUGUUCAAGCAGCGCUAGACCUGGCACCUAGGAGAUUGGCGUUAAGUAAAUUUAACUAGACAUAUAUAGUAACCGCCCAUUCUAUUUAGUGACAAAGUAAAUUG